CACUCCUCCACACGUGUUUCGUUCGUAAACAUUUUCGGCAUGUUUUAGAAAUCGUGGUUUUAGCAUAUAAAGUUAAGAAAAAGUGACAGAAAAUAAGAUAGAAUGACUCACCUGCGAACGGAGGAAAAGCCGGAGCCCCAUGAGCAGAAAUCCGUAUUUAAAGAAAGCAGCUGCAUCUUCCGACGGAAUCGAGCUCUGGGCUACGUGAGCAACCAGGUUCCGGCGGUCACUCGCUAUGUGCAGCGUCGACGGGACACUUUGCUUAUCACCUGCAUUGGCAGAUCCUUCCAGGUGUAUACCGCCAAUCACUUCAGACUGCUGCAUGUAAGCGGGUUGCAUCCGGACGAGAUUACGGCGUUGGCCACUGAUCGCCUGCACACCUACACGGCGAGCAACAAGUGCAUCUACGCCUGGAGAGCGGGCAAACACAUCCGGCACGUUUACCGUGGCCAUCAGAAGGAUGUUCACUUAUUGCUGCCUUUUGGUUCAAAUUUGAUAGCCAUUGAUCGGGCAAACGUACUAAAAGUAUGGAAUAUUCCCACCGAAGAUGUCUAUCUCGAAGUGCCUUUCCGUCCCGAAGAAUUCCAGAUCACCGCAGUGGCACAUCCGCCAACGUACAUCAACAAAAUAGUACUGGGCUCCCAACAGGGUCAACUAAAAAUAUUGAACAUUAAGAAGAACAGUGUGGUGUGCACUUUAAGUCACCAUGAUAGCAGGAUCACAUGCGUUGAACCGUCUCCUGCCUUGGAUGUCGUAGCCGUGGGCCAUGGAGAUGGCGCCAUCAUUCUGCUCAACCUUAAGUUUGAUGAGGUGCUGAUGACUUUCCAGCAGGAUUGGGGUCUAGUUACCAGCCUCUCCUUCCGCACCGACGGUCCUCCGAUCCUGGUGUCCGCCUGCAGUAAUGGUUAUAUGGCCUUUUGGAAUCUGGAGGAGCGCAAGUUGGCAGGUCAGCUACAGGCUCAUGUAGAGUCGGUGACCACUGCCAUUUGCCCGCCAAGCGAGCCAGUGGUUUUCACCACCUCGCCGGAUAACUCUAUGAAGAUGUUUGUGUUCGAUAUGCCAGAUGGUGGGGCACGUCAACUGCGGAUCAGAGAGGGGCACACAAAGCCACCUCUCUGUAUACGCUACCAUGGCAAUUCGGGAGUUUCCAUUCUAUCCUCCGGCGAAGACAGUACAAUGAGGGUAUUCUCCACCAUCUCGGAGUCACUGAACAAAAGUAUGGGCAGAGCAACCUACAAUCAAAUAUCCACUAAAAAGAAGAAUCGCUUUCAGUACGACAAGUUUAGCAUGCCGCCCAUCCUGGAGUUCACCUCAGACACUACCCGCGAGAAGGAGUGGGAUAACAUUGCUGCCAUUCAUGCUGGAGUUAUUCAGACGACUACUUGGACGUUUGGUAAUAAUCGUAUGGGCGAGCACCGUCUGGUGCCAAAGCAGUUUCAAAACAGCAACCGCACUAACUUCCAGUGCGAGACUACUUGCAUCGUGCUGACGCACUGUGGCAACUUCGUGAUCAUCGGCUACAGCAGUGGCGAUAUCGAACGCUUUAAUAUCCAGUCUGGCUUUCAUAGAGCUAGCUAUGGUUCCCCGGGACACAAGAUGGCAGUGCGCGGCUUAGCCAGCGACAACCUCAACCAGACUGUCAUCUCUGGCUGUUCGGAGGGUCUGCUCAAAUUCUGGCCGUUCAAAGGAAAGGUUGACAAACCUCUGGCUGUUCUACGCCUGGCGGAUGGAAUUGCUCUAAUCCGACAGCAUCGCGAAAGCUCCAUGCUGGCCGUUGGUCUCGAAACUUUUAAGGUGUUUGUGGUGGACAUGCACACGAGGGUGAUUGUCCGCAAGUUUGUCGGUCACACAGCAAAACUAAACGACCUCACCUUUAGUCCAGAUAGUCGCUGGUUGAUCACCGCCUCUAUGGAUUCCACGAUAAAGGUGUGGGACAUACCCUCCUCCUACAUGGUGGAUCACUUCAAAGUGGAGGCGCCUUGCGUAUCGUUGAGCAUGUCGCCCAACGGUGAUUUUCUAGCUACCGCACAUGUUGGUCUUUUGGGCAUUUACCUAUGGGCCAACAAAACGCUCUUUAACCAGAUUUCCUUGCGCUCUAUCGAUCCAUUGGAGGCUGCUCCUUAUGUAGGAUUACCAACCAAUGUGUGCGAAGCUAUCGAACUGGAGGAUGGCAUGCAGGAACUAGAAAUUGAUGAAGACGAAGAGUCAAAACUCGGAGAGCUAGUCGAUGCCAAGUACGAGACUCCAACUCAGCUGUCUGAGGAGUUAAUAACGCUAUCUGGAUUAGCGGCAUCGCGCUGGCAGAAUCUUUUGGAUUUGGAGCUGAUCAAGCAACGCAAUAAACCCAAGGCGCCACCAAAGGCUCCUAAGCAGGCUCCAUUUUUCUUGCCCACCGUCUCGGGUCUGGAAUUGCGCUUCGAUGUGCAGAAUGGUCAAAAGGAAGAGGACAACUCCCGCAUCCGAAAGGCUUCCACGCUCAACAAUCUAACUGCCUUUGGUCAGUUGCUUGAGGAUACUUCUGAUAGCCAGGAUUUCGCUCCUGCUGUGGCGCACUUAACACAAUUAGGUCCCUCGAUGGUCGACUUUGAGAUCAAAUCGCUGCACCCAGAGGCUGGAGGAACCCUACUCGCCAUGUUGCAGUUCCUAAAACUGGUGCAGUUUAUGUUUGGCACCAAUUUAAACUUUGAGCUGGCUCAAUCCUAUCUUAGUGUCUACCUGCGAUCGCAUGGACUUGGAUUGACGGAGUCUCCAGAGCUGGUUAAGCAGCUGCGCAGUGUUUCCCAGGUACAACAGGAAGCUUGGCAGCGCGUGGAGGAGAAGCUAAUCUACGGAACUGGAGUUGUGGCUGCACUUCGGAAUUUCGCUCAUUAGUUAUUGGCUUCUACAAUAUUAUUUCGUAGACUUCACCUUAAAAUUUUGUAAAUAAAUUUACAAGACAUUUUAAA